AUGCGGCCAAUCAACGCCCACUUAAAAGGAACCCCUGUUCGUUACCCGCCGGGGCAAAGGAAGGCGGCGACGAGCGCGUCCGUGAGAGCUCACGACGAGGCGAUUUCCCGGAAAUUUGGAGCUCCGCUUCGCAAGAGAUUGGAGAAGAAAGGGCGCUGGCACCGGAUGGAGGUUCUACGCUCGCCAGCCACUUGCCCAGUGCAGUGGCUCUCGGAAAUGGGCAUGGAAGAUCCUAACCUUGUGACUCUCUCGGCUCCAGCCUCGGAGCAUCUGGCCGCUCUCAUGGGAUGGCAAAGUGGUGGUGGCAACAACGAGGUUGGAGGAAUCGAGUACAAAGUUGGGGAGUCUCUCGCUCGAGCCCAGCUGGGUGUUCGCCAGAGGUCCGAUAUCACUGUGGACGACUACCUUUGCUACGAGCGACCAGCCAAGAUGCCAAAGUCGAAUGCUUGGGAACAGCAGCAACAGUACCAAGGCUUCUCACACGGCGGUCCUCUCUAUUUGCAAGACUCGAAGAACAUGAAGACUGGCGGCCGGUUCCAGUAUCAGCACAAGAAGUUUCCAGGUCUGGGAUCUUAUCUCCCAAUGCUACAAGACGAGGGCUACGAGACGGUGGCACCACAGACUCCCACGAUCCAGGUCGAGGUCGGCGGCUCGCCAGGCUCAGUGGUUCAGGAGAACUCUUUCCUGGACUACAACCGAGUCAUGGACACGCUGUCCUCGGCGGCAUCCGUGGAGAAGCUCUCCAGUCCCAUGGCGAUCAAGCAGGAAGCUCCAAGUGCCGCCAAGAUGUCGUCCCCACAGGGAAAGACAUCCGGGCACACGCUGGAUCACAUCAUGGCCGAACGGAAGCGGAGAGAGAAGCUCAGUCAACGUUUCAUCGCACUCUCCGCCAUUGUUCCGGGAUUGAAAAAGAUGGACAAGGCCUCGGUUCUUGGCGACGCGAUCAAGUAUGUCAAGCAACUGCAAGAAAGGCUGAAGUCUCUUGAGGAGCACGUCUCCAGGAAAGGCGUCCAGUCCGUUGCCUACUGCAAGAAGUCUGUUCCAAUGCACGGCGGCAGUAAGCAGGAGGACAAAUACGGGAGCGUGUCGGACGACGACUUUUGUCCUCCGGAGAUCGAAGCCCGCUACAUGGGGAAGAACGUCCUGGUGAGAGUUCACUGCGAGAAGCGCAAGGGCCUCUUGGUCAAGUGCCUGGGAGAGCUGGAGAAGCUAAACUUGCUGGUGAUCAACGCCAGCGCGCUGUCCUUCUCGGACACUGUUCACGACUUCACUUUCACCGCACAGAUGGAAGAGGAGUUUCAUCUGGCACCUGAGGAACUGGUGCGAGCCCUUCGGGAUUUUCUCAAGACGGUCACCUUUUAAGCACCGGUUUGGAGGCGGCUAAGGAAUAAUCUGGCCACGGUCGGCCUCAAGACACCAUGACGCUGGUCAGUUCCUCUCCUUUUGGUUUGUUUUUUAGGGGGCGUGCGAGCUUCUUCUUCUUUUUCUAGCUCUUCAGGCUUGGUGGUUCCAUCCAAGUGUACCAGUUUUUGUAGCUAGAUGCUGUUGCUCCGGGGAUUUUUUUUCUUGCAAAUCUUGGUAGCACUGCUGCUGCUAAGUUUGCAUUCCACCCUCUGCGAGCAGCCUUCUAUGCUAUUCUCUGGGCUUUUUCGUGGGCAUUCUCGUGAGAGAUCGCCUUCACUCUUUUACAAGCCUGAGAGGGACUGAGCUGGUUAGCUAAAAGCAAGCAAGCAAGCACUCUUUGUUUUUUUUCCUCUUUUUAUUUCUUACUCUUUCUUUCUAGUUUCUGUAGAGAAGAUGUACUCUGUCUAAAAACUGUUUGUUUUGUGUUAACUUAAAAAAUUUAACUUGAAUAAUGUAAGAAAGUUUUGAUAGUC